ACCCGCACGCACACACACACACCCCAUUGAUCAAUAUUUGGCUGUCUUGCUGCAACUUGCUGCAGUCUUUUAAAGGAGUAGUAGAGAGAGAGGGAGAGAGAAAGGGAAACUGGCAGGAAGGGGUAAGGAGCUACACAUGUCACAUGUGCUUUCUAAGACGGCCAGGAGCAUCUGCAGGCUGGAUCUGGUGGAGGAUGCUGCGGCAGGUGAUACACAGAGGGCUCCAGUCGUUUUUCUACAAGCUGGGCUUAUUCGUGAGCAGGCAUCCGGUGUUUUUCCUCACUGUGCCCGCAGUCCUGACCAUCAUCUUCGGCUUCAGCCUGCUCAGCCGCUUCCAGCCUGACACUGACCUGGAGAGCCUGGUAGCCCCCAGCCACAGCCUGGCCAAGAUCGAGAGGAGCUUAGCCAGCAGCCUUUUCUCCCUCGAUCAAUCCAAAAGCCAGCUGUAUUCGGACUUGCACACCCCGGGGAGGUAUGGCAGGGUGAUUCUCCUCUCCAAACCCGGAGGCAAUAUUUUGCAUCAGGCUGAUGUGAUCCUGCAGAUCCACCGAGCCGUGCUGGAAAUGAAGGUGAACUACAAAGGCUAUAAUUAUACUUUUUCCCAUCUGUGUGUGUUGAGAAAUCAGGAUAAGAAAUGCGUGCUGGAUGAUAUUAUUUCAGUGCUAGAGGAUCUGAGGCAGGCUGCCCUCUCCAAUAAGACAACAGCCAGGGUGCAAGUGAGCUAUCCCAACACUAAAUUAAAGGAUGGAAGGAGAAGUUUCAUUGGCCACCAGCUUGGAGGGGUUAUGGAAGUGCCAAACAGCAAGGACCAGAGAGUCAAAUCAGCCAGAGCCAUCCAAAUCACUUACUACCUCCAAACAUAUGGCUCUGUCACCCAGGACCUCAUUGGGGAGAAGUGGGAGAGCGAAUUCUGUAAACUGAUGCACAAGAUGCAGCUGGAUCACCAGGAUCUGCAGCUCUACUCACUAGCAUCCUUUAGCCUCUGGAAGGACUUCCACCAGACCAGUCUCUUGGCCAGGGGCAAGAUUUUGGUGAGCCUGAUGCUGAUUCUCCUGACUGCUACCCUCUCAAGCUCCAUGAAGGACUGCCUGCGUAGCAAACCUUUCCUGGGACUCCUGGGAGUACUCACUAUCUGUAUUUCCAGUGUCACUGCGGCAGGGAUAUUUUUCAUUACUGAUGGAAAAUAUAAUUCUACUCUGUUGGGAAUCCCUUUCUUCGCUAUGGGUCAUGGAACCAAAGGAGUGUUUGAGCUUCUUUCAGGAUGGCGUCGGACCAGAGAGAAUCUGCCAUUCAAGGACCGAGUAGCAGAUGCCUACUCAGAUGUCAUGGUCUCCUACACGAUGACAAGUUCCUUGUAUUUCAUAGCCUUUGGCAUGGGGGCAAGCCCUUUCACCAACAUCGAAGCUGUAAAAGUCUUCUGCCAGAACAUGUGUGUCUCCAUCCUGUUGAACUACUUCUACAUCUUCUCUUUCUUUGGCUCCUGCCUGGUCUUUGCUGGCCAGCUGGAGCAGAACCGGUACCACAGCAUCUUCUGCUGUAAAAUCCCCUCGGCAGAAUACCUGGACCGGAAACCUGUGUGGUUCCAGACCAUGAUGAAUGAUGGCCAUCAGCACACUUCUCACCACGAGACCAACCCGUACCAGCACCACUUUAUCCAGCAUUUCCUCCGAGAGCACUACAACGAGUGGAUUACCAACAUCUACGUCAAGCCAUUUGUGGUGAUACUGUAUCUCAUCUAUGCCUCUUUCUCCUUUAUGGGGUGCUUACAGAUUAAUGACGGAGCCAACAUCAUCAACCUCCUUGCCAGUGAGUCCCCAAGCGUCUCCUAUGCCCUCAUACAGCAAAAGUAUUUCAGCAAUUACAGCCCAGUGAUAGGCUUCUACAUCUAUGAGCCUCUGGAGUACUGGAAUGGUACUGUGCAAGAAGACCUAAAAACACUCAGCCAGGGGUUCAACACCGUGUCCUGGAUCGAACAGUAUUACCAAUACCUUCGAGUGGGUAACAUCAGUGCAACCAACAAAAGUGACUUUAUCAGCAUCCUCCAGAGCUCCUUUUUAAAAAAGCCAGAAUUCCAGCACUUCAAAAAUGACAUCAUUUUCUCCAAAGCUGGAGAUGAGAACAACAUAAUUGCUUCUCGUUUGUACCUUGUGGCCAGGACUAGUGAAAACACACAAAGGGAAGCGGUGGAAUUGCUGGAGAAGCUGAGGCCACUUUCUCUUAUACAGAGCAUCAAAUUCAUUGUGUUCAACCCUACUUUUGUUUUCAUGGACCACUAUGGUUUGUCAGUAACUAUGCCUGUCCUGAUUUCUGGUUUUGGCAUCCUGCUGGUGUUAAUACUGACCUUUUUCCUGGUUAUCCAUCCUCUGGGAAAUUUCUGGUUAAUUCUCAGUGUCACCUCAAUAGAGCUGGGUGUCCUUGGCCUGAUGACCUUAUGGAAUGUAGACAUGGAUUGCAUUUCUAUACUGUGCCUUAUCUACACUUUGAAUUUUGCCAUAGAUCACUGUGCACCCCUGCUUUAUACAUUUGUAUUAGCUACUGAGCACACCCGAACUCAGUGUAUAAAGAACUCCCUCCAAGAGCAUGGGACAGCCAUUUUGCAGAACGUUUCCUCCUUUCUUAUCGGGUUGGUUCCCCUUCUCUUUGUGCCUUCAAACUUGACCUUCACACUGUUCAAAUGCUUGCUGCUUGCCGGCAGUUGCACACUUCUGCACUGUUUUGUUAUUUUGCCCGUCUUUCUAACCUUUUUUCCACCUUCCAAAAAGCACCACAAGAAAAAGAAACGGGCCAAAAGGAAGGAACGAGAAGAGAUCGAAUGCAUAGAGAUUCAGGAGAAUCCUGAUCAUGUUACAGCAGUCUGAAAGGCUUAGAAAAAUAUAAUAGUAUAUUCUCUUUUUAAAAAAGCGUUGCACAGAGAUGCAGGGAAAAUAGAGCAAAGAUCUCAGCUGCUUGUGCUGGCCAAGUCUGACAAGGCAAAGGAAGAUCAAGAAGGGGUAUUCAUGACACCUCAAGGUGCAAACUUUUUUUUAACAAAAAUAAUGAAAGUGAAAUAAUCUCAAAUGUUUCCUUUGAAUCCUCAUUCUUCACUAGGGAAGAGUCUGUUGGCCAUUAAAAGUGUUCCUGAGCCUCAAACUGCAGCUCUAAUGGGAAUUGCUUAAUAUGUCAUAUGCAAGACUAAAGCUAGGGUGAAAAGAAGAGUUACCAUUAAGUAAACACUAGGGGAAAAGGCAGAUUUGUUUGAAAAAUUGUCCAUGGAAGAGAACUAAACAAUAUUUCAAAUGAGAAAAGGUUAGAAGACCAAGAGAGAUUGAAAAUGUCAUGGUAAUUUUUUAUUUUCUUGAGCAAGUUAGAUAAGAUGAAACCUAUGCACUUGGGAAGUAAAUGUUUAAAACUAUCUAAGCCAAAGUACUUCCCAAAUCCAGUAUACCUUGUAUAUCUGUAACACCACAAUUAGAGCAUUGCAAAUAUGGAUGGCAAAGGGAUAGAGGAGAAGAAAUUUAUACAGGAGAAGAAAUAAUAACAGCCAUUUGGAAAUCUAACACUUAGUUCCUUUAAAUGUGACGUAUCACCAUUUUCCCAGGAGGUCACAGUUGGUAGUUAAUACUAUACACAUAUUUUGUAAUUUAUAAAUUAUAAAUUUCCCCUUGAAUUAACAGAUCUCACAAAACUAACUGAGGCCAUCGUCACUGCAGCACUGUUUGCAGUUUCUGCAGUGUAACACUUCUGAAUCCUAAUUUAUCGGUGUUGACAUUAAAUACUGAAUAUUAAUCAAGCAGGCGCUUUGCACGUAGUGAUGGAUUGCAUUUCACAGGCACAAUGUGACCGUGUAGCAGCUGAGUCAGCUCUGGAGCACCUGCACAGUAUUAUCAUUAUGUAUUUGGUCCAAGGGACCAAGGGAUAUGUUUGCUGGUCCCUGCAAUAUGCUGCAGGAAGUGGGAUUUUCCCCUUCUAAAAGCAAAACAUUAUUCAAAAAAUUUGCCACACACUAAAAAAACAACACCUUGUAAAGGUUUGCAUGGGGAUGAAUCAACCCCUAGUUGUAAGAAGAUGGAUUGGUCCCCUGUGGGAAGGGGAGGGGAGGGUGAAAUGUCUCUUUUACUGUUAUUAUUAUUCCUAAGUGUUUGCGUGUUGAUCAUCUGCAAUAUAAAGCUUUGUUAUGGCAGUUGAAACUUCACAGGAGAGUGCAGUAAAUCCUCAGUUACUAUGUGGCACUAGAAAUUGUACUGUAAAGGACUAUGAAUGACUUUCUCUGCUUUGUAAACUAUUCAGCUUAGUAGCCCAAGGGAAGGGAUGAAAAUAGAUCUAGCCAUUUCAGUUUGCUCUCAGCCCAGUUCUUCACUGGAGCUUGCCAUGUCAAUCUCUCCUUUUAGUAUUUUAAAAGGGCUUGCUUUCUACUUUCUGGAAUAUGGUAUAGCAUCACCUCCAUGAGCAAUGUCUUCCUGAACCUAUAGUAUCCAUGAGGACACUAUGUAAAGAUAUCACUAUAUGAAGUGUCUGUGUCUACUUUGUAUUACUUGUGGGUACCUUUAAAAAAUAAUCUGGAAGCUGUUUGCCUUCCAAAAUGUGUAUACAUGUCUAUUUGUGGCUGGUAACUCAGUCUCAAACCUGCAGAGUUUGCUGAAGAGGGUGUGUACUUAUGUUUUACUAAAAACCUCUCUGCAAGAUGUUAAUUCUUUGCUAUGUGACAUGUGUCACCUCUUGCUACUGUUUCAUGUUUAGGGAGAGACAGAAAAAAAAUCACCUGCAGUACAAAAAAAAAAAAAAUAAGCCAUUUGAAUGCUAGUUCUAAUAUUCAUAAGCUGCUUCUGUUUCCAAGGAAUGCAAUUUCACCUCUUUAUAUUUUCUGUACUUUGCCAUUGUUGUUUGCCAAAAAUGACCUCUGUGUUUUAGGAGUGGUCAAAGCUCUUGAUUGUUCAAGGAAAUUUCUGAAUGCAAUAUGUCUUAGAGAGAGAGAGAAACUUCCUAGACAGGCAAAACUUCCAAAAUUUGAAUCUAGAUUUAAACUUCAGGGGUAGCUAGAUCAAGGUUACUGGUUUGACCCAAAAUAUUCAAGGGCCAGACACAGCACAGAGAUCUAAAUAGUUCAGUAAGGUUUAGAAGCAGGGGAUGUUUUAAUGUUGGGUUAUGGCUCAGAUAUGUCACUAGUUGGGAAGCUUUUACUGACCUUGAUUUGCAUCUCGAUGACAUUGUGCAAUAUCCAUCCUCUUUUGAACAGUCCAUUGUGAAUGUUAUGCUUCCCAAGGCUCUUUUUAGAUUUCCUCCACUGCCCACACAAAACCUGGAUUGUUGCAGCACUGUGACCCUCGGUUAUCAAUUCUGGAGAUGUCAUCUGGGAAAUUCCUGCUCUUCUCUUGUACUGCCCAGAUGGGGAUGUCUGUCAUGCAUUGUGUUGAAGGAAAUAGCACUUUCCAGGAUCCAUCUCAUCUAACUUCAUAUAUUAGCAAUGUAGAUAGUUAUAUCUGAACUUCCUUUAUGGCCAUAAGAGAGUGACAGACACCUCUAAUCCAUUUUACAGCUAUAUAUUAGGAGUAAAUGAAUCACAUUUUUUAAAACACAGACUCCUGUCCAUUGAUGGUCAAGGAAACUCAGCAAUCAGUCCAAACAGACCCAUCAGCUCAUCCAGGCUUGGGAAGAUUAACCCCACCUAAAAUGAAGAAAUAUUAAGAGAAAGAGAAAAGAUUAUAGACAUGCCUCCCAAGCUUCAAUUUCAAAUUAAAUAAUUAAUUAAUCCCAGGAAUAACUCAGCCCAUAUUUUAUGUUUUGCUUUAUGAAGUUUUAUGCACGACAAAUUGUUUAAAAAACUGGAAUUCCCAUAGUAGAGAACAGUAAGCCAAGACAUCAAAAGAUGUCAAUAUUAAAGGUGGGCUCACACAAAUAAACUAGAAUUUAAUGAAGUGUCAGACUAACUCCUCUCAGUGUCAUGCAUGUGCAGUAGCACUUGUAUGACACCAAAUAUCUAGAUCACACGCUGGGACUAGAAGGUUUUUUUCUCUGUCAGUGCAGGAGUGAAGCAAAAAAUAAAUCCAUGGAUAAAUUUUGUUAUUUUUUUCAACCAAUUUCCACAUCCACCAAAAAAGACUGGUGCAGCCUUUACUUCUGCAGAUACAUCAGUCUCUGUGGAACAAAGAAAAUUGGAAUAAUUUUUUGGGAAGGAUAAUCCAUUUAUUUUAAUUCUUGCUACUUGUUUUUGCUUAUUUUUCUUUCAAUUCUUUUCAGUACAUUAUACCUUUUUCUACAGCACCUUUUCAGCUUAACUGGAGCUGCAUAAGCCCCUGUGAAGAAAGCACAUGGCUCAUGCCAAGCAAUUUGACACUCUGAUAACAUGCUGCAUACUGGAUCUUCAUUACACACCUUUUUCCCCAGUCACCAUAAAUCCCCUGCAAUAGUGUGCAUAUCCCUUUAAUGUCUGAUUUCAUAUGUGGUCUAGAUAAUCUUCUGAGAACUCUUUGUGCAUCUCCUACUUGGUUUGGUUUCAUUCCCUCAAAGUAUAUUGGUUUGAAUUCAUUGUUGAGAUAACUCUGUUGAAGUCAACAGAUCUAUUGCCAUGAUAUAUUUAACUUUGCAUGUCUUCUAUCUGGUAAGAAGUGAUACCAUGACAAAUGGGCCUCUUACAUUUUUGGCAUGCUUGUUGAAUAUAUCUGUCUAUACUCUAUAGCCAUAACUGCAUGCAGCACUCAGGGGGCUGCAGUGAAGGUCCUUUUCCUUACACUUUGCUCUUUUAACAGGUUAUUUUAACCUUAAUCUAAACUUCUGUCUGCUUGGUUGUUUUUUUUUUUCUUUUUUAAGUCUUCACCUCUGUAUUCCAAUACUUGAUGUAGGUUUAAAUUAGAUUUCAGGAAGAAAUUUAUUACUUUGAGGAUAGGGAGGCCCUGGAACACGUUGCCCAGAGAAGCUGUGGCAUCAUCUGCCUCAUCUGCCCCAUCCCUGGUUGUGUCCCAGGCCAAGCUGGACAGGGCUUGGACCAGUGCCAAGUGUGCUUCCCUUUGCAAGUGAUUGGAACUGGAUGGUCUUCAAGGUCCCUUCCAACCCAAAAUGUUUCAUAAAUGUACUGCCAAAAAAGCAAUGCACUUUUUAAAGUCAAGGUAGAUAUGGAUGUAUGGCACCUUGUGUGCACAAGUUAAAGAAAUCAUCUUCAGGGUUAUCAUUCUCAAUUUUUUACUUCAAACAACUCCUAUUUAGAACAUAUUGUGCCACGUGUUAAUGUCUAUCCAAGUUCCUUGAACAACUCUAGUUUUGAAAUUUUCUCCAAUGGGAAGGAAAGAACCAGGGGGGAAGGAAGAAUAUGCAGUUAAGUGGUUGUAUAAUCAGCGUUCUUCUUUUCCCCAAAGGCUUUCACUGCUCUACUCUUAAUUAAGUCACACUGAGUAGUAACUCUAGCGUAAUUAAGAUUUAUUUCAAUGUAGUUAUUCCAUAUUUCACUAUGACAAGAGCUUGGCUUAUUGUCUAAGCAAGUACCAUGCUAAGUCUCUGAUUAAUUUUUCAGUAAUUAUAAACUUUAAUAAGUUAUUUUUCAUUGCAACACUAGGUUUUUGAGUACUUCAAGCUCCCAUUUGAUCUCCUAGGAAACACUGUAAGGAAGCAAAGUGAGGCAGUCAGUGAGCAAUAGAUGUGUUGUGGUGUUGGGGAAAAGGGAUUCUUGGAAAAGAGGCAGCAUCUCCUCCAACAAGGCUUUGAACAAACAGUGAUGCUCAGGAUAUCUGAGAAAAGUAAGGUGAAGUGGAAACCAAAUGAAACAUUGUUUGUAGCGUAAGCAAAUUAUUAUAGAUAAAGCUUUGAUUCUUCUUUCAUAACUUCUUACACAGGCAAAAGGCAUUUGAACAAGAAAGGAAACUGGAUAUGGAAAGCACCUCAUCCAUCACCUAAAAUGAUUCUUUUCACCAGUCUUGCAUAAACAAUGUCACACACCAUGUUAGUACAGGUGGUUCCACCUCAGCAUGGGCCUCUCCAUGGUCUGUUUUCCAUGGACAGCAAGGGAGGGAUUCCACGUUUCUUCUCACAAAUCUUUGGGGAGAAGAUUCCUUACCCAACAGAGCUGUGCAUGGGUGAGAGAUGAAAUAUGCAAGUACAGGUAUUUCAUCUCCCAUUUGUUCUCUCUCUGCCCUCUCAUGAGCAGCAGCACCACAAAUCCCUGGUAUCAACCCCAUGCUGAGUGCAGGAAUUCAUAAUUUCCCCAGGAGUAACUUGGGAUUUGUGACCACAGCAGCUCACAGGCUGACACAAAAUCAUACACUUCUGACCAAGAAGACUUUAAGGACUUUUUUAGAGGUGUUCUUUGAGAGAUUCCCACUUCUCCCUACAGAGCCCCACACAACACCUCACCUGCCAAACACUGGAGAGGUGUAAAUUCUUCUGAAAUGGCAGUCAGGUAAAAGACUUUUCUGGAAACUUUUCUUUUUAAUCCUAGAAGUUUUCCCAAAUAUAUAUAUUUUUUUUUCCCCCUCAACCACUUCUCCAUCUCUUUCUACUUCCUUCAUGGUUUAAAAGCAAAAGGUCCACUGGGAAACCUGGAUGUUCAUCCUACCCACAGCUGUGCAAAACAUCAUUAACCACAGGUUUGAGGUGAGUUUUGGGUGUUCAGGUCAAACACAAAGAUCUGGCUUUCUUGGCCACACAGGCAGUCAAAACCCUGCUGAAGACAAGUAAAUGUGAAGCAGUUCAUCUUUCCUAGCUCUCUUUGUUUCCUCUCUGACAUACUAGUGUGUCCACAACACUAUUCUCAUUUUUUUUCCCGCUUCCUCAUUAAAACAGAGUUUCUUUUUCCUGCUCCCUGAGGCUAUCUUCUUUUUGCAGCUCAACUUAUUUUGUACUUUAUUCUUCUCUGUGUGCUCUCAACCUCUUCAAAAUUUCUCUAUUUAUUUUUGAAAAUUCUGAGAGUAUAACUCUGUUGAAAUAAAUGGAGGAUGUUUCUGUGCUUCAAAGUGCAGCCCGUGGUACAGACCUAACUAAUUUAUAACAAAGCCCAAAUAGCAAAAUACUUUCUUCAGACAGAAAAGUGUCUGUAAGAAAACUCGGAAAAAAAUUAAGCCUAAAUUUCCAUUUUUAUGAGGUUUUUAUCUCAUAAACUUCUACUUUUGACUCCUUUACUUUAGGCAUUUAUUUUUCAGCACACUUUUAUCACAGAAAUGCCUAGUUUUUCUCUGCUUCUCUAUCUCAGCAACAAAAAUAAAUGGAUAUUUCUUCAUGCUCACUAAAUAAAUUAUUGCCCCUGCUUGAAAAAAAAAUUUGUCAAAUUUCUGUCCAGAGCACAUUUUCCAGGCUUAAUUGUACAGACCUAUGGAAACAUGUAUUGCAGUGGAAAUAUGGAAACAGCCUGAACUACAGAAAAAUGAUUAGUACCUCAACAGCAUCCUGCUUAAUUCCAACCCCUCUGCACCAGCCUGCUGGAUACCCCAGGGUAUAUUAUAUAUAUAUAAUUCCUUACAGGGAUUGAUAAUCAUUUCCUUCACCAUGUGGGCAAUACCAGCACAUCAGGUUCUACCCUGCUUACAUAGCAAGAUAAUGAAGAGAUAAGCCCAGUUUUUGCUGCAGAAGGGAAACAUCCCAGGGUAAGGCAGUGUGGCAGCCCUCUACUCUGAGACUGCUUCUCAGUUUCCCAUCUGAGUGCUGGAUGUUGCACUGAGUUCCUUUGUAAAGGACAAGAAGCAUCUCUUCUCUUUCCAUAAGCUGUCUGAGAACAGGACAUGAAAUAUAUGAUAUUUAGUCAUGGAUAGACAUUUUUCACAUGGGAAUUUGAAUAGAGAUGUCAAUCAAAUAGAGCAAAAGUCUCCACGAAUAAAGAAAUCUGAGUCCACAACAUCUUGCAAUUCUGCCUUGAUACUUCUCUGAUCUUAUUUUCUUUCAUCAAUAAGAACUGAACUUUUUUUCACACUUAUCACACUGAAGAUAAUCCCUGACCUACAAAAACAUCCUGUCUGCCAGAAGCAGACAUUCUCUUGGAGGAAAUCCCAUUGGUUUCAGCUCCAUGUCAAGGGAGAUUUUGCAGGAUUUGGACAGCAGUGGUUAGUAGGUUCCUCCCCAGGCAUAAACCCUCAAUCCCAACAUGUAGACCCGAAUACUAAAUAUGUUGGAUUAGUGGGAUGUGUGAUUUUGCCUCUACAGAAAAAGAAGGGGUCAUUGCAAAAUUCAGUUCUGAAUUCAGCAUGAGGUGGAAAAGCAAAGAGCAGCCAAGGAGUCAGCCUUGCUAUUUUUGUACCUGUGUGAGAAUUUCAGAGAGGGCUCAUCCAGCUGUGAAAUCUCCAACAGGAGCAGUAUCAGGCCCUGAAUGAGAAUUUGUUCUCUACUCACUACCUCAGAGAGCCACACUGCUCCUGAACAGCACCAUGGAGCCUGGCCUAACUCCUAGGCAGGAUAAAGUACAGAAUUUAGGGUGCAUCUUCUUAACAGCAGGUGAUUCAAGGUUUUGUUAUGACACAGGUAUUGGAAUUUAAUCACAGGUAUUGAAAUUUAAAGGAAUUUAAUCUUCAAAGCUAUUAAAUAUCUAGAGAAGUCCCUGGCACAGCUUUGCUCCAGAAAACCAGCUCUCUCCCCAGGAGCCCCUGGCACAGUCUGGGUGCUGGCAUGGCCCAGGCACAAUUCCCACCAGACAAUUAAGUCACCCAAUUUUUAGACUACAGAACUGUUUUAUAGUAUGGACACUGACAGACCACAUCAUCUUCCUUCAGGGCUGCAGAGCAAUCCUGACAUUGCUUGAUUUAUUCUCAAAGUUAUAACUUUAGACAGCAAUGCAGCCUAUGUUCAUAGUGGUAUUUUACAUCUGAACAUCUUCAUCUGGCAAAGUACUCAAGUAAAUGAUUUAGUUUAAUCAAACUCUAAGGUCACAUGGCCUGGGACAUCUUUAAAUUUAAGCAUGUGUUUAAAUACUGAGCUAAAUAAGGAUGCACUUAGCUCUGUGCUUCAAGUUAAAUAGGGACUUUGCAGAAAUAGAGGCCUUAAAAGAAAAGGCCUUUUUUCCCAUAACAUACUAAAUUCUACAAUUAUAGUAGCAAUUUCACAAUAUGUAGAAAAACCGUGCCAAGCACAUAUAUUUUCCAGGGUUUCAAUUUCCAUGAUGUAAGACAUCUCAGGGACAUUUUAGUGAUUUGUUACAGUCAUAAAACACUCAGGCAAGAACAAAGCCUUGCUGAACACUUUUUCUGGGAAAAAAAAUAGCAAGAUAUUUGACUCAGAAUGAGAACACAGUAUCUUGUGAUGCUAAAGCUCAUUUCUAAAAGAAAAAGUUAGACUUUUCAUUUAAUGUAAUUCAUUAUUUCUUUCAAGUGGCACACUAGAGAAGUGCCGGAUAUGCCUCUAUUAUGAAUAAGACAGGAAUUGCUCAAUAAAGUUAAAUACAGCUUUGCCAAUAAAAAAGAUAAUACCCCCAUCCAAAUUAAUUAAUUAAUUAAUUAAUUAAUAAAAGCAGGCUUUGUACCUAGUGUAAAAUUUUUCAUGGCAUCAUCUGUUGAUUUUGAAUUAAAUUAAAUAUGAAUGAUGAUAUAAAUAGGACAGAAGUGGAUAAUCACAUGUCCUGGGGCUGCAUCUAGUAAGAAACACUUAUAUACACUGGGAAGAGAAAACAAGUCCACACUUGUGCAAAAACAAAUGUCAAUCCAUAAACAUUGUGAAUAAUCCCAUUGGCUUCAGAGGAGCCAUCAGGAUCCAUAUAAAGAUAUGCAAGUAAAUCUUUGCCAGUCUGAGGACUGAGGACAAACUGAUAUUCUAAUCUGAAAAGGAAGUAGAAUUUAUUUAGUCAGACAUUUCCUCAAAGCCUUUACAGAGGUUCAGUGUAACUAAUCUCUGUUUUUCCCCAAGACCAAUGCUUUUUGAAAAACUUUGCCUGAAAACAUAAACUCAGUAGAUACACAGGCUUUAUCAAUAAGCAUUUAAGAGCUUAUAUUUAAGAACAUAAGCAUUUAAUGAAAAACAUGAAGUAAUUCUUCCCCUGAGAUGUUUGUAGACAAUACUUUGUGAAAGCACGUGACCAGAUGGAAAGGAAUAUGCAAAAAUCAAAACUAAUAAAAUAUUAGAGGUGUCCCCUCCCAGACUACAGUCAAAGGAGAGAAACAUGCACUGCAAUUCUUUGAGCUCAGAUGGAUACUUUAGGAUGAGGGCCCUUGCACAAGCUUCAGCAGCUGCUAGAGCUGGGGAAUAGUCUGGGAUAACCAGUUCAUAAACUUGAGGGCACGUGCGUAAAACGGGGUCAGGCUUGUGCUUCUGAGGCCUCUCUGUUCAUUGUAACUGCAAUGAAAACGCUGAGAAGCAGCUUUGGGGUGAUGGGCAGUAACCAGUUUGACUGUUCUUUUUGUUUGGUGGGACAUUAGGGCUGUAUGAGGACAGCUCAGUGACUGGAGCAGCACAAACAAGGCAGCUGUGAGCAGCCAAGAGUCACUAAAACAGGGGCUGAAUUAAACAGCUUCUGUAAGGAAAAUACAGGUCAUUUUUUCCAUUAUUUAUUCCCAUUUGCCCCUUCUUUUAAUGCAAAUGCUUGUUUGUUUUUGUUUUUUUCUUAGCCCAUAAUGGUCAGAUUUUUUACCUCCCUUUAAGUCACAGAAUUUGCUUAACUUUUUUUUUUGUAUGAAUUUAGAUUAGAUGUUUAAUUAUUGGGAUUUCUCAGGUGUAGGCAACUUUACUAUGCCAUGGAUAAACAGCAUAAGUCAAUAUUGAUUUUCCUCCCUCAUAAAGCUCCAUUGUUGCUGAAAACUGUUAACAUUUUUCAAGACUCAACCAUGACCAUAUUUGUACAGCAGACUUUUACUGAGCUUGAAAUUCUAUACCAAAUCCUUGUCUCUUUUAAAGACAGAAAUAUUCAAUAAAAUAUGUUACUCAUAAAUAGUAGAAUUUCCCCUUUCUUAAAUAGAAAGAUAUUCAGCAUUAAUCCAUAUUACAGUACCGCUUUGUCAGGUGCCUGUUGCCUUACAUUUAGAUUUAGAGGAAAUGAACAGGGUUUUUUAGGAGCAAAUGUGGUGCUAAGACUUUGACCAGCGGCAGGAACUGGCACCUCCAUCCUCACAAGAGGUACAGGGCAUUUCAGGACUUGGGAAGAGUGGGUCAGAGCCAGGGAAUUGGCAACCCUGAGUUGGCAUAUGGUCCCUCACUGAUUAUCUGCAGAUAGGCAAUUUACAGGUGCCCUGAAGCUGUGUGAAAUGCAACCAAAUGUUUCAAUUUCCCAGACAGAGCUGGCUACAUAAUGGUCUCCACAGAACAUAAAGCAGUUCCACCAAACACUCCUGCCAGUGGAUCCUUUCUCACCAAGCUUCCUCUUGCUUUCUCAUUCAGCCUUCUCCCCCCUCCUCACAACCUCAGCACUUCUCAGCUCCCCACACGGGUAGAGUUGGAGUUUAAAGCCCCUCCAGUGCAAAGGCAUGGGGCAAUUCUUCCCAGGAUUUCUUGACUGGGUCUGGGAAGACCAAGGAGAUCUGCCCACGUUGCAGCCAGGGCUGUCCCAUGGCUCAGAGAUCUGCCCCUGCCUCUGUGCUACCUCUGCUCUUGCUCUUGGUAGUGCAGGUACCAGCAUGAGCAUCCCUCAGGAGUGUACAGUGAGCUUCUAAGGACACAUUAAAUCAUUCGUACAUUCACUCACAUUCCUCCAUCCAGUGCAAAUGGGAAUAUUUGGGCUUUGUCUUCAAGUCUCUCUCUGCAUCCUGAAGUCCAGGGCUGUGGCACCCCGUCUAGAGGGAACAUACUGCACUAAGAAUGUGUGUCUGGUUUCCUUUCAAAUGAAAACAGGCAGAAAACAUGACACAGUAAUUUUCAGCUGAAUGUGAGAAAGAACUUAUUAGCUGUAAGGGUGAUUGAGCACUGGAACAGAUUGCCACAAGAGAUUUUUCUCCUUCUCUGGAGAUACUGCAAAGUCAUGUGAACAUGGUCCUGAAUAAUACACUCUAAGGGACCCUGAUUGAGGGAGGCUGGACUAGAUGUCCUCCAGUUGUCCUGUCCAAACUGAACCAUUUUUGUUUCAUUUAACUAGGUGGGUAAAAAGAAGAAAAUCUCUAUUCUUCUUCUAAUGGAUUUAUUUCAAGGGGAAAAAGAAUUUUCCUCUAUUAUAUCAUAGCUACUAACAAAGCUUCAUUUGGGAGAAGGUGCUGACACCUGCCAAGGUGAAUGAAGCAGAGAGAUGCUGAUGCCUCAGGAGUGUUCAAGGCCAGGUUGGAUGGGGCUUAAAGCAACCUGGUCUAGUGAAAGGUGACCCUGCCCAUGACAGGGAGGGUAGAACUAAGUGGUUUUUAAGGUCUCUCACACCCAAACCAUUCCAUGAUUCUACAAUUCUAUUUCUCCUGGCCUGAGCUAGGUCCUGGUAUUUCUGCUUGUGUUGAUUCUAUGCUAGUCUCAUUUUCAUGAGGGAGGAAGCAGAUUUGACCCAAAGUUACAGAAGUACCCUAGAGAAUGAAAAGGGUUUUUCACUAUAUUCCAAGGAAUAGUUCAGAAACUCCCUAAAUUGUUAUGAAUAAGAAAAGAUAGCCUAGCACUGUGGCAUAAAUUUCUCCUAUUCAUUGCCAAGGACAUAGAAAACUUUGAUCAAGUUUCCUGUGCAUGUUGCAAAUAAAAUUAUUGGAGCCUCAUUUCAACCAGCAAGGCCCUAAAUCUGCUGAGCUCCUAGCAACAGGGCAAUCUAUGUCUGGUUAUAAGGGAGAGAUCCCAAAAGGUUCAGACUGCAUACAAGUUUGUUAGUAGCCAUCAUAUGAUGAUGAGGGUUUUGGUAAAUAUAUUUGCUAUUAAAAUCUGGGAGGAAAAAAAUUUAAUAUGAGUUUUGAAAACAAAUUUCACUGCCAGGGGCUGUCUAGGCAUGGUAAGUUUUUCUUACCCCACCAACCUGGGUUUGGUCUGGGAAACUACAACAGCAAAGUAAAAUUAAUGACAACAAAUCUGUCUUUCAGAGUCAGGUCAGACCUGCUGGCUGCAGCAUCUCUUGUUUGUAGCUGGCCACUACAAGCAGCAAUUACUGUUCUGGCAUAUAAAGUAACAGCUGAAAAUACUGGGGUUUUGCUACUUUAGCUUAUAUUGGUACUUAUGCUGCCCUCCAGUGAUAAAGACAGUUGUUCCAGCCUGUAUUCUAGACUUCUGUAGCAUUUUAUUUCUGGUCUGCUAAAUUUGUACUGAAAACUGCAGUUCUAAAUCCAGAAUUUUAGCCAGCUCUUGCCUAAAAGUAAUAACAAUAAUAUAUAGUUACAGUUAAUUUUAUUGGUAGUUUUUAAAACUAAAAGCAAAUGUAGACAAAUUGAUCUUUAAGUUUAUUACUUAAAUUAAUGUGAGAAAUAAGUAGCAUGCAUUUAAAUAUGAAAGAAACUACAUAACUACAUAAUUUUGGACCUACUAAAGUGUCCUAGUUAAUAAGAGUUUCAAUUAAGUAAUCUUUUUUUGAUACAGAGGGACAUUUUAAUUUUAGUUCUUAAAAAAAUUAAAUUCAGGUUCAUAGUUGUUAUUAUGCAGACAGCUCCCUUGUACUCUCAGUACUGGAUUUUGGUGGUGUUUUGAUGGAUGGAGCUUAGAUCUGUUCUGAGUUGCUGGUUCUCUCCCAUUCUCUCUGAAAUCCAUGAAUAGAGUGAAAGUCAGGUGGCACCUCCCUGGCAGCACACAGACAGACAAAGGAUUGGUAGCAUUGAAGUUUCUGUGAGCUCAUGGUGCAACAAAAGAAAUUCAUAUGUUCCUCAGCUCAAAGGAUUGGCACAGCUUCUCACAGCAAAUCGAGUGUUCCAGAGGUAUUAUUGGUGCUGUAAGAACCCAUCACCUGCCAAGAACUGACCUGGAUUUUGGCUGAUUGUGGUACCUGUAGAAAUAUGAGAGACUGGAAAAGUUUGAGCAUAUUUUACUCUGCCAUUUCAUUCAUGACCACUUCUGGAUUUCUAGCUGCAAUUUCCAUUUCUCUUGGGAAUGAUAGAGUUGUGCUGGCUGCUUUUUCCUCUGUUUCUCCUUUACUUAGUGCUUUUUCUAGCAUGUGUCUCAGAUAUAUGUCUGCAGCUCACACAGACAUUUCUGAGUUUUAGAGUAUGGGAUACAAACAAAAUAUUUAUGACAAGCUGAGUGAGUGCCUGAGUGAAUGGCUUGUGCAGAAAUCCCUGUUGCCCUCAUUAGCAGUGUUAUUCUUAAAACUACAUGAACUUUUGGUUCCCACACCCAUUGCAGCACCCUGGGUUUGUGCAGUGAUCAGCAGGACAGGUCAGAACAGAAUUCCUGUGAUCUGGACCUGAAGGAGUUGGCACAAUCUUCCUUUGACAAUUGACAGUUUAAACACUAUUGACAGUUUACAGAGUAUUUUUCAAUGAGAAGCAGACACAGAAUUUUUUAGGUGUAGGAUCAGUCCAGGCUGAGAAGUUUCUCAGCUACAAUGCAAAGAGCAGAGACACCCUGCAAGGUGGUGUGCCCACAAGAUUCCCCUAUAGAGAAAUUAAUUGUUUCUUGCUGUUUAUUAGUCUGCAGUAGUAAUUUUAUCAAUCCUUCUGGUCUAGACUUCUUCAAAAUAGUAUUGAACAAGAGCUUGAAGGGGUGUGUGUAGCAUCUAGACAGAAAGCUUGCUGAACACAUAAUACUCACUGAAAGAGUUAAUAACUAAAAGGGUUUGCAGAGUAUCCUCAGGGCUUGCUGGAUGUAGGUCUGGUUUUCAGCAGCCAGCUCAGGAAACAAUUUUAUGUAAACAGAUGAUGUGCCUGAAGGUACCACUGAAGAACAGGCCUGGGGAUGGAAAAAUACAAGACCUCAUACCACACCAGAAGUUUUUCAUCCUUUACACAAUUGGAGCUGCCCUCUUAAUUAUCUCAAUCUGGGCCAGGUUAAUUGGAGCCUUCCCUGACGUGAGUCAGUCUCACACAUUUUCUGCAUCUUUGCUAAUUAAGACAAUUUUCACCUUUUAUAGUUGCUUUAAUAUUCAGAUCAGCUUGCCAUAGGCUAAUUAUAAUUAUUGAGUGAUGGCUUUAAAAUUUCAUGUUUGUGAUGACAUUUUAUCACAUUAAAUUGGAAUCCCAUAAUCCUUCUUGUUCUGUGAUAGACAAGGAGGUCAUCUCUAUUCUGGAAGCUAUCCACUGUGUGAUUCUGUGCUGACAUUGGCCAUUUUCAUCCAGAACCACUGCACUCUCUUCUACUCUUCAGCUGAAGACAUUCAGCAUCCAGCUGAUUCCAAAGGAAUACGAAAAUACCGAGUUCAGGAUCCAGGGCACAAUCCUUUUGCUUUCAUCCUAUAGAUGCCCUUCUCUGUGUGAUUUAGGAGAAUUGGAUAUGCAAGAACUGAGGGGCAGAAAGGAAGAAGCCAAGGCAACAUUUUCCUCUCAUCAUUGCUCCUCCAUGUCCAAAUCCAUGGCAUUUUAAAAGCAUAAUCACUGAUGCAGAGUUGAAAUUCUUCCCCUGGGAUUUUCAAGGUUCCCUUGAGCUGGAGGAGCAGGAAGAGCUCAGUCUCAUCACGCAGUCAUUGCUGCUGGCAAUCAGUAUCUCAGCCUACAGCAGCUUUUCCCCACCACUUUGUGAAGGCUCCUGCAGAUGUUCUCAGGGGCUUUCCAGAGCUGACACAUCCCUGGAGUAGCUCUGAACAGUUCAAGGUCCCAAAACAUCCUCUUUCCUGCAUGGUCAUGGGUUUGCUACUUAUCCCUCUAGCUGCAAUCCCUUGGCUUUUGGUGCAAGUUUGAAAAUGCUGUAAAUAGUAAAAUCAGGACAUAAAGUAUAAGAAACUUCACCGAUUGAAGUAAGCAUGGUUUACAUGGAUUCAUCCUACAGCGUGCAAGGGAAUUUACUUACUGAAUUCCAAAUCUGUGCCAACCUACAGCCUUGCAGAGGGAUUUUCUACACUGAGUAGUGCUGUGGUGGUGAGGAGACAAAGCAGUUUGCAAGCACAGAUGCAGAGCUGUGUCAGCACAGCCCCGUGCUGGAGCUCACCCCUCCUGUGUUGAAACAAGGCUGUCCUGUGAGUAACACACACCAGCACAACCAUCAAAACCAAACCAGUACCUUUGCUCAGAUCCUCUACAGCUAACCCUGGUAUCCACAGCCUGGAACAGCUUUACAAGCACAGAUAUUCCCACUUUCACCCAUACCUUCCAAGCACAUGCUCCCAUCCCACUGGUGUCUGUAGGAGAGAAUAUGUGCUUACGAGCUUUGUCCAUUUUGUUCACACAUCAUUUGAAGACUUUAUUGAACUGUAAGUAGCUGGGUGUUUAAUUCCUUCUCAGGCAGGAAUAAAGACCAGUUGCAAAUGGGAUUUGCUUUGCUCUUGGUUGAGGAAAAGAAGCUACAAAGCUAAAAAUUAAAUUUGGUGGUGCAGAGAAGCUGCCAUAGCAUAACCACACUGUUACUUCUUCUUGGCUUCUUGUUAGAAGACAAAAUGUUUCUGUUUGUUAAAGUGCCAUCAUUUCAGCCCAUGUGAUGCCUGUUUUACCAGAAUUUCAAAUAGAUUGGAAAAUGUGUAUCUAUGGUGGUUUUUUUGCUGAAAAAGUAAUGUCAGAUAUAAUUAAUGAGUCGUGAUGACUGCAAAUUUGAAGUUAUGAUUUAUGGCUGAUCACAUGGAUAAGGCUGUCUUUUCUUCUAUCUUCAGAUAAGGUGAAUAUAUCUCAUAUCUCUCUGCUCUGUUGUGCUGUGCAGAUCACAGUCUCUUCUAAGUAGCUGACAAAAUAGAGUCCCUUGAGGGUGUGUGAACCAGCUCACAUUUUACCUGAUCUCUUUAGUUCUUGGUCAAAGCACCAGGAGAUUUUGGGAAGGUAAUGUAGUCAGCAGAGGUAAGCAGAAACAGUUUUGAAACACACCCCUGAAAAAUAGUGCUAAGCAUCUGGGUUUUAGGACUGCCCAACAAACUGUGCACCUCUUGCAAUCCAGAAUUCUAUUCUGGAAAACCUUUCCAGGCUCCAGUGCUUUCAGAAUAAUUUCAGAGUUAUACAGAAUUUUCUUUCAAAGAUGCUUGCAAAUAUUUCUUAACCAGUGGCUGGAAUUUUGCAGUCCUAACUAUUUUCUCAGAGUACAUCUUAAAAGAGAGCAUCUCUGAAGGAGAUAUUCCACAGCCCUUGGAAUAUGAGUAAAUCUGCAACAGCAGAAGGUAAAGGAAAGUUUACUCUCCUCCUACAUUUAUAAUAUCUAACACCAGUAAAAAAUAAAAAUGAAAAAAUAAGAAGUUAAUAAAAAUUGAGGUAGGAAUAGAUCUA